AGGAGAACAACGGAGAGUACAGCAAGGUCUCCGUGCGGGUGGGCUGCCCGCGGGGCACGUCGCUCGCCACGCUGAUGAUGGGCGCCCCGAUGGCCUCGGGGGAGCUGCGCGCUGGCCUGCAGAAGGUCGCGUGGGCUCACAACGCGGAGGUCACCGCACGGUGGUUCGACGCCAUGAACCGGCCCAACGGCAAGUCGUUGGUCGUCUUCGGCCUCUCCGACGUACUCUGCCCGUACGACGUCCUGGACGAGGUCCUGAAGGCGGCCGGCGUGGACCUGGCGAGGGUCGCGGAGGAGUGCAAGGGGCUGCCCCAGAGCGAGAAGAACCGCAAGAAGAUGUCCUACCUCGCGGGUCACUCCGCAGAUGUCCUCACGCAGGUGAUGGAGAGGCUCGAGUUCACGCCAGGAGCCAAGCUUGUGUGCGGGGCCCUGAAGCGCAUGGGCUUCACCCUCGCGGUGCUGACGAACACGGGCUGCCGAGAUGCGGCAGAUCACGUGAAGAGGCAGUUAGAUAUCGACUACGUGAUCUGCCGGGACAUGGAGGUGCGCGACGGAGUCAUGACUGGCGCGUACGGGGGCGACAUGAAUGAUAUUACGUUCCGCAAGGCGGAUCUUCUUAAGUUGAUGGCGGACCGCGAGAAGAUCAAGUACCGCAAUGUGAUCGUUGUGGGCGAGCCACUGAAGGGAAUGAAGGAGGCAAACGCACGGUCGGUGAUGGAGACGUUCGGGCCCAUGGUGCAUUUCUCCACGGACAAGCACAAGGACCUGACCCUCGUGUUGUACCUCUUGGGUUUCAACGGCACCGAGGUCGGCCUUCUGCGCAGGAAGCGGAAGUGCGAGGUGAGCCCAAGCGAUGUCCCGCCUCAGCCAGACACCAGACGUUUUCUCUUGAAGGUUACAUCUCCUUCCAGAGAGCCAGGUCAGUUGAGCAAGAUUUUCGCGCCGCUGCAGCACAUGAGCUCCGACAUCGAGGUCCCCUCUGUGAGGCUAUGCAGCACGCAGGACGGCGGCAUGUGCUUGGGUUUGAACCUGCACGUGCUUCGGGAGGAGCCGGCUGCUGCAAUCAAGGAUUUUUUCGACGGGUGCCAGAAACACGGCUUUCAAGUGCAGGACGUCGCGAGGGUGUCCGACGCCGCGUCGCCGCACCCGCCGGAUACCGCCGCAGGGGUGUGGCGACACUACUACCACAAUCGGUUCGCGGUCACCCUCGUCCAGAGGCCCUUCAUCUCCAGCGGCAGCCUCAGCGCUGUUCUCCAGGCACUCGUCUCGGUGGAAGGGAACCUGGUGCAGAUGAAGAAGCUGAGCGUGCGGAGCAUGUGGGCCGUUCUGCUCGUGGUGAACUUGCCGGCCGGGGUGGACUUCAGAGAGGAGGAAAUGCCUCUGAUACCGCUACCGUUCCCUUGUCGCCACGGCUGGAGUCGCCUCGAAAUCCUUUCCAGAAGGCACCCCCAGGAGGUGAUUCUAUGCAGUAGCUGGUAUCCUUGUACCUCCCAGGAUUCGUCCAAGGUGAAGCGGACGUUCAUGGACAUCUCCCGCGAGCACGGCGUAGACAUCGCCUUCCAGAAGGACGAUGUGGACCGCUGGAUGCGGAGGCUCAUCGUCUUCGACAUGGACAGCACACUAAUCCAGCAGGUUGUCAUGGACGAGCUCGCGAAGUACGCCGGCGUGGAGGAGGAGAUGAGGGCCAUCACCGCGGCCGCCAUGAGGGGGGAGCUGAACUUUUUCGACGCGUUCCAGGCGCGCGUCUCGCUGCUGAAGGGGCACAACUUCGAGAAGCUGUUCCGACAGGUCAAGGCCGGGCUGAUCUUCACCCCGGGAGCCCAGAUCGAAGAAGAAACAUCUGCAUAACCUAGGUCUCCCAGAUGGGGUCGGAGCAUCGCGCCGCAUUGGGGCUGCGGACCGGUGCGGAGCCCGAUGUUCUUCAUGUCGGCGUCGACGAUGCACUGGGCGAGGCAUCGUCGCUGCGGAGCGAUCGUCUGACCCCGUUCCACUCGGACCCCAUCUCGCAGGCCUCUGCACAAGCGUGUCUGAGUGUCGAGGCUCCGCGCGGCUCUUUCCUGGAUCGGUGCUGGUCAGGAGGGGAAAUUAUUCACUGCGUGGAGCUCCCCAUAUGUGCA